CGAGAAAGAAGAUAUCAGAAUCUCUCUAUAUAGAACCCAACGCAUCACCCAAAUAACAGAUAUGGCACACACUUCAAUGACAUUAUUCCAUCAACUACACCGCAAUCUUCCCUUUCUUCCUAUACGGAUGUGCACUAGGACGAGUUACUAACUAUACAAUUCGCGCAUACACUUAUAGAGUACAAUCAAGAAUAUGGAGAAAUCAUCACAGGAAAAUCUGAUACUGGUGAAUCGGGAAUCCGACGGGGUUGCAUGGGUCACAAUAAACCGUCCCAAGUCCCUAAAUUCCCUGACCAAGUCAAUGAUCGUUGAUCUUGCUCGAAUUUUCAAGUCCUUGGACGCAGAUGAUUCGGUUCGGGUCAUUAUACUCACCGGAUCGGGUCGAUCGUUCUGUUCGGGCGUUGACCUGACGGCAGCGGAGGACGUGUUUAAGGGUGAUGUGAAGGAUGUGGAGACUGAUCCGGUGGCCCAAAUGGAGCGCUGUAGGAAGCCUAUCAUUGGGGCUAUUGGGGGAUUUGCUGUGACUGCUGGUUUUGAGAUUUCUCUUGCUUGUGAUUUGUUGGUUGCCUCUAAUGAUGCUAAAUUCUUGGACACUCAUGCUAGGUUUGAGAUAUUUCCUUCUUGGGGUCUAUCUCAAAAACUCUCUCGUGUUAUUGGACCCAGCCGAGCUCGUGAAGCAUCUUUAACUGCAAUGCCUAUCAGCGCAGAACAAGCUGAGAGAUGGGGUUUGGUAAAUUAUGUUGUAGACAGAAGUGAACUUUUGAAGAAAGCUAGGCAAAUAGCAGAAGCCAUCAUCAAGAACAACCACGACCUGGUUUUGAAGUACAAGGCAGUAAUCAAUGAUGGGUUCAAACAAGACUUGACCCGAGCCCUUGCUCUUGAGAAGGUAUACUAGAUGCUAAUAGCAAUUAGAAAGAAAGGGCCAUACUCUGGAAAAACAGUCUAUCGCUCCUUCCUAGUACCCAUAGCCCCAUCCACCCUCCAGUUCUCUCACCGGGAAAAAAAAUGACCUCGCGAAAUACCAGAUAAGAACCCAUCCAACAGCCCUUGAAGAAAAAAGAUAGCUGAGAUUGAAAUAGGGGGAAAGGGAGAAACCAAUUCAGGUGGUUGCACCUUUUUAAAGCUAAUCCUAAAUCAUGCGUGAAGACUCUGAUAUUUGUCUAACAUCAAGAUCGAUAGUUGAUUAUUAGUCUCUGGUGUGGCUAUUCCCUAUGGUGUUCAUACCCUCAAAUGUAGUAAUUCACCUUACAUUGCCAAUAUCGUUGUUGACGUUGGUGGA